AUGGAGCAAGAAAUGACUCGACUACAUCGUCGGGUGUCUGAAGUGGAGGCUGUUCUCAGCCAGAAAGAAGUUGAAUUAAAAGCAUCUGAAACUCAGAGAUCUCUCCUGGAACAAGACCUGGCAACCUACAUCACAGAAUGCAGCAGUUUAAAGCGCAGCCUGGAGCAGGCCCGAAUGGAGGUUUCCCAGGAGGAUGACAAAGCUCUGCAGCUCCUACAUGACAUCCGAGAACAGAGCAGAAAGUUGCAGGAUAUUAAGGAGCAGGAAUUUCAAGCCCAAUUAGAAGAAAUGAAGCUGAUGAUGCACCAGUUAGAAGAAGACCUGGCUGUUGCACGCAGGCAUAGCGAUCUGUAUGAAGCAGAGCUAAGAGAGUCUAGAGCUGCUGUAGAUGAGUUUAAACGUAAAGCAACAGAAAGCCAUCAAAAGCUGCAGAAGGCAAAAGAUCAUGGUAAAGCUGAAGUAGGGGAACUGCAUUCAAAGCUUGAGAAGAUCAAUGCUGAACAACAGAACAAGAUUCAGGAGCUGCAAGACAAACUCACAAAGGCAGUAAAAGCCAGUACAGAAGCUACAGAAUUGCUUCAAAACAUUCGCCAAGCAAAAGAGAGAGCGGAGAAAGAGUUGGAAAAGCUUAAGAACAGAGAAGAUUCAAACGAUGGCAUCAAGAAGAAACUGUCUGAAGCUGAGGAGAGGCGCCUUUCUUUGGAAAACCAAGUCAGGAAACUGGAGAAUGUGGAACGACGAGAGAACAAGUUGAAGGAAGAUAUUCAAACUAAAUCUCAGCAAAUCCAGCAGAUGGCUGAAAAAAUAAUGGAACUGGAAGAGAAGUACAGAGAAGCUCAAAUGGGAGCCCAGCAUUUGGAUAUUCAAAUGAAGCAGAGUGAACAGGUCUAUGAAGAGAAAGUCAGAAAUUUUGAAGCACAAAUUAAGAAGGACUUUACAGAGAAGGAGUCUCUUGAGCAACUUCGAAUAAAAAAUGAAGAGGAAUCUUGCGAAAAGAAUAGAUUCCUCAGUGAACAGAAGGCAAUGAUCAAUGCAUUGGAGUCAAAGAUCAAGUCACUGGAACAAAGAUUAGCAGAACUAUCAGAAGCCAACAAAUUGGCAGCAAAUAGCAGCCUUUUUACACAAAGGAACAUGAAAGCUCAGGAAGAGAUGAUUUCAGAACUUAGGCAACAAAAAUUCUAUUUGGAGACCCAAGCUGGGAAAAUUGAGGCUCAAAAUCAGAAACUGGAAGAACAGCUAGAGAGGAUUAACAAUCAGGAACAUACUGACAAGACACGGCUUCUAGAGCUUGAGACGAGACUUCGUGAGAUUAGUCUGGAGCAUGAGGAACAGAAGCUGGACCUGAAGAGGCAGUUAACUGAACUGCAGCUGGCGUUACAGGAAAGGGAAUCUCAAAUUGCCUCCCUACAGUCUGCACGGUCUGCUCUGGAAAAUCAGCUACACCAAGCAAAAACUGAGCUGGAAGAAACCACUGCAGAGGCUGAGGAGGAAAUCCAAGCCUUAAGGUCACACCGAGAUGAGAUUCAACGCAAGUUUGAUACUUUGCGGGACAGUUGUACAGUUCUGACAGAUCUGGAAGAUCAACUGAACCGUAUGAGCGAAGAAAAUGCAGAGCUAAACAAUCAAAACUUCUUUCUGACCAAACAGUUGAGUGAUGUUUCAGAAGCUGCAGAGGAAAUUCUACAACUCCGAAGUGAAGUAGAUCACCUGAGACGUGAAAUUACAGAGCGGGAGAUGCAGCUCACUAGUCAGAAACAGACAAUGGAAGCCCUAAAAACCACAUGCACUAUGUUGGAGGAACAGGUAAUGGAUCUAGAAGCACUGAAUGAUGAGCUGCUGGAAAAGGAACGCCAGUGGGAGAGCUGGAGAAGUUCAUUAGAGGAUGAAAAGACUCAGUUUGAAUGCAGACUUCGAGAGGUGCAAAGAUUGCUGGAUAAUGAAAAACAGGGCAGAGUACGAGCUGAUCAACGUAGUACUGAGUCUCGCCAGAUGGUGGAGCUGGCAGUCAAGGAACACAAAGCAGAAAUUUUAGCACUUCAGCAAGCAUUGAAAGAUCAGAAACUCAAGACAGAAAGUUUGUCUGAUAAGUUGAAUGAUUUGGAGAAGAAGCAUACAAUGCUGGAAAUGAAUGCACGAAGCUUACAACAGAAAUUGGAGACUGAGCGUGAACUUAAGCAGAGGCUUCUGGAAGAGCAAGCCAAGUUACAACAGCAAAUGGAUCUUCAGAAGAAUCACAUCUUCCGUUUGACUCAAGGACUUCAGGAAGCCCUGGAUCGUGCAGACUUGCUGAAAACAGAGAGGAGUGACUUAGAAUAUCAACUUGAAAAUAUGCAGGUUCUUUAUUCUCAUGAAAAGGUGAAGAUGGAAGGAACAAUUUCUCAACAGACCAAGCUUAUUGAUUUCUUACAAGCUAAAAUGGAUCAGCCAUCUAAGAAGAAAAAGGGUUUGUUUGGUAGACGCAGAGAUGACCCUAUUCAAACUUCGCAGAUUCCAUUGCAGUACAAUGAACUAAAAGUAGCUCUGGAAAAAGAGAAGGCACGGACUGCAGAACUUGAGGAAGCUCUCCAAAAAACAAGAAUAGAACUACGAUCAGCCAGGGAAGAAGCGGCACAUCUCAAGGUGGUUGAGCACCCUGUUCCAUCUACGCCUGGUACAGCAAGACAGCAAAUUAUUAUGUCCGCUCUAGUUAGAUCUCCAGAGCAUCAACCAAAUGCAGUCAGUUUGCUAGCUCCUCCAUCCAGCAGAAGGAAAGAAUCUUCAGCCCCUGAAGAGUUUAGCCGCCGCCUUAAGGAACGAAUGCAUCAUAAUAUCCCUCACAGAUUUAAUGUUGGGCUCACAAUGCGAGCAGCCAAAUGUUCUGUGUGUUUGGAUACUGUGCACUUUGGGCGACAAGGUGCAAAAUGUUUAGAAUGUCAGGUCAUGUGUCACCCAAAGUGUUCCUCCUGCCUCCCAGCUACGUGUGGCCUUCCUGCAGAAUAUGCUUCACAUUUCAACGAGGCCUUCUGCAGAGAGAAAAUGAACUCCCCAGGGAUGCAGAUGAAGGAUGUAAACGGUUCUGUGCGACUGGAAGGCUGGAUGAAGAUACCAAGAAACAAUAAACGUGGGCAGCAAGGCUGGGACCGAAAAUAUGUUGUUCUAGAGGGAACAAAGAUUUUAUUAUAUGAUUCUGAAGUAAAAGAAGGCAGCCAGAGACCAUCUGAGGAGUUUGAACUUUGUCUUCCGGAUGGUGAUGUCACAGUUCAUGGAGCUGUAGGAUCUACAGAACUUGUUAAUACAGCCAAAUCAGAUGUACCAUAUGUGAUGAAGGUGGAGUCUCAUCCCCAUACCACCUGCUGGCCUGGGCGUACACUGUAUUUGUUAGCACCCAGUUUUCCUGACAAGCAGCGCUGGGUCACCACCUUGGAGUCUGUGGUUGCUGGUGGGAGAGUGUCCAGGGAAAAGGCAGAAGCUGAUGCGAAACUGCUUGGAAAUUCCCUUUUGAAACUGGAAGGAGAAGACCGUCUAGAUAUAAACUGCACUAUACCUCUCACAGAGCAGAUUGUUCUAGUUGGUGCAGAAGAGGGCUUGUAUGCUCUGAAUGUGCUAAAGAAUUCUCUAACUCAUAUCCCAGGAGUUGGGGCCGUGUUUCAGGUUCAUAUUGUUAAAGAGCUGGAUAAACUCCUACUAAUAGCAGGAGAGGAACGUGCUUUGUGUCUGAUCGAUGUGAAGAAAGUGAAGCAGUCCUUGGCCCAAGCACAUCUGCCAGCUCAGACUGAGAUAGCGCUCACAGUAUUUGAGGCUGUUAAAGGGUGUCAUCUGUUUGCAGCAGGAAAGAUUGAGAAUGGCUUGUGCAUUUGUGCAGCUAUGGUAAAUAAAGUUGUCAUACUGCGAUAUAAUGAAAGCCUUAACAAGUUCUGCAUUAGAAAGGAAAUUGAGACGUCCGAACCAUGCAGCUGUAUUUAUUUUACUGGCUACAGCAUCAUCAUUGGAACCAAUAAAUUCUAUGAGAUCGAGAUGAAGCAAUACACUCUUGAAGAAUUCCUGGAUAAAAAUGACCACUCUUUGGCCUCAGCUGUAUUUGCUUCUUCAUCGAAUAGUUUUCCGAUUGCUAUAAUGCAGGUGAACAGCACAGGUCAGAGGGAAGAAUACCUCCUCUGUUUUCACGAGUUUGGUGUUUUUGUUGAUUCUUAUGGAAGGCGAAGCCGAACAGAUGAUCUGAAAUGGAGUCGGCUGCCUCUUGCAUUCGCGUACAGAGAACCAUACUUAUUUGUUACACACUUUAACUCCUUGGAAGUGAUUGAGAUUCAGGGGCGUGCUGCUCUAGGUGCUCCGGCCAGGGCCCAUUUGGAUAUUCCAAAUCCACGAUAUCUGGGACCAGCGAUCUCCUCUGGUGCCAUUUACUUGGCAUCUGUUUACCAGGAUAAAUUGAGAGUAAUCUGCUGCAAGGGCAAUCUGGUAAAAGACAAUGCAAACGAUCUUCAUCGUGCACCGUCAACAACAAGGAGUCCAAACAAGAGAGGUCCACCUUCCUAUAAUGACCAUAUAACAAAGAGAAUAGCAGCUAGCCCUGUGCCAGGUGAGGUCCAAGGGCUAGUGCGGGAGCCUAGUACACCACACCGCUAUCGAGAAGCGAGAACUGAUAUGCGCAGGGACAAGUCUCCUGGGAGGCCUUUGGAAAGGGAGAAGUCUCCUGGGCGACUUCUGAGCACAAGAAGGGAAAGAUCACCUGGACGAUUGUUUGAGGACGCUGUUAGAGGCCGAGUAACUACAGGGGGAGCGAGGACUCCUCUCUCACAAGUUAAUAAGGUUUGGGACCAGUCUUCUGUAUAA